AUGGCAGUGGGCUGUGGUACCCCAUCUCUUUGUUGGUUAUUGGCAUUGUUUUGGCUACCCGCCCACCCGCAAGCGCCGGCCGCUAACAAGCCUGCUGGAGGGGCUUCUAAGAAGAAGCUCCCUGCCAAUCCAGCUGGAAAGACUGUGAAGAAGGCAACAAAGUCCCUCAUUUUCCAGAAGACGCCCCGUAACUUCCGUAUUGGUUGCUGUAUUCAGCCCCGCCGCGAGCUUACCAGGUUCGUAAAAUGGCCCAAAUACAUCCUGCUGCAGCGGCAAAGGCGAGUGCUGAUGCAAAGACUCAAGGUGCCUCCUGCGAUCAACCAGUUCACCAGCACCCUUGACAAGAAUCAGACCCGCCAGUUGCUACGACUUUUGGCCAAGUACAAGCCCGAGACGCGGUGUGAAAAGAAGGCACGAUUGAUAGCGGAGGGGGAGAAGCAGUGUGGGGGCAGCCAGGCCACAAGCAAGAAGCCGGUGAUGCUGAAGUUUGGCCUGAAUCAUGUGACGGAUCUGAUUGAGAUAAAGAAGGCGAAGUUAGUGGUUAUUGCCCAUGACGUGACCCCCAUCGACCUCGUCUGCUGGCUUCCCGCCCUGUGCAGGAAAAAAGAUGUGCCAUAUUGCAUUGUUAAGGGAAAGUCAAGGCUUGGACAGCUUGUGCACAAGAAGGCAUGCGCUGUUGUUGCAAUCGACUCGGUUCGGAAAGAGGAUCAAGCGGAGUUGGAAGCUCAAUGCAAGAAUUACCGCUUGAUGUUUAACGACAAUACGGAACUCAGGCGGCGUUGGGGUGGCGGUCAGCUCGGCAUUAAGUCGCGUCAUGCCCAGGAGAAGAAGCAGAAGAUUAUUGAUGCUGAGUUGAGAAAGAAAGCAGGCCUACAAAUAGCCUAA